GCGAUCAAUACAUACAUAUAUACGUAUAUAUAUAUAUAUAUAUAUAUAUAUAUAAAAAAAAUUCGACAAUUCGUUUUAGCUAGAACCAAGCCCUGAAAACACUCUAGAAACCUUCCCCUUCGUGAGACGAAUCCAACGGUGAAAGAAUCGUAGAAAACGGUCGUGAAACGAGAGAGAUAUCGCUCGCCGGAGUUGCAAGUUGUGGAAGCGGGUCUUUAUAAAAAGCAGAUAUUUUGCCGUAGAUAGGGGUGGAGGAGCUUCGUCUCGCCGCAAGGAUCAUUUUGCAACUUGAAUCGUCGAAAUCCGUUAUCUGGGUGUUACAGGGGAACAACCAUUCAGAGCUUGCCACCUCAUGCUCUCACCGACCCUCAUCCAGCCAUUCAGAGCUUGCCCUCUCAUGCUCCCACCGACCCUCAUCCAGUAUACAUAGCAGCGUUUACUACUGUGUUAGAGGUUAGCAUUUGUUUACUCAUUAGCUCUCUAGUCAUUCUAUUUCUUGUAUUAGCUGCUUAAGUCCUAACUGUCGUUCAGCUGUUUCUUUUGUAAGUGUUAUUACUGUGUUAAUACAAGCGGAGCUAUUUGAGUUCAUCAAUUAUUUUCUAUAUUUCUCUUCACAUAAACCCUAGAUACAAGGUUGGUGUUGGGCCUUCGGGUCAUUCGGGACUUACAGUUGUUCAAGUGGGGAUUAACAGAUCAUAUUGCUCCUGAGUGAGUGAUAGUUUCUUAUUCCGGUCCCAUGGCGUAUGAUCAAAUAAUGCUUUUUGAUCUUUUUUGUUUAUCUAUUGUGUCUGGUCUUGUUGUUGUUGAGUUGGAUUUUAUAAUCCUAAUAUAAGCCAUUUUCUGAGAAAAAAUAUAAAUUAUUUCACUAGGAUUUUUUAUUUUAUUUUUGAAUUUUCAUGAAAAAAAAAUCUGACUAUUGCGGUGACAUACUGGUUAGGAAACUACUAAUAAAAUAAAUAGUCUCAUUUAAAAGUAUCACUUAAUUCAAAUAAAUUUACUAGAAUAGAUUCACACCAAAAUCCAUAUGACUCAAGGUGACUGGCAAAAAAAAUUGUUAAAAUAAAAAAGAAACCAAAAGACAUUUACUCCGUAUUAGAAUUAGAAUUAAGAAAUACGCCCUUAGUCCUAAAUUUUAAGAUACAUUUACUAUUCACUUGGUCAACAUAGAUCACUCUUAAUCUUUUAUUUUAUAUAUCAAAAGUUUAUGAAAUUUGAAUUAUUUUUAACAGGUUUUGUAACGGUUUUAAUGUAGUUUCUGAAUAUGUAAAUUUAUUUUCUAAAACUAAUUUGAGUGAUGAUAGAGAUCAAUUUGUUUUAUCGUCGAUCAAACAUCGUAAACUGUAAAUUAUCUUUGGGAGUAAGAGAGAGUACUAAAUAAACAAAGGUCACAUUUUGAAUGGUUGUCCCAUUGGUAGUAUUAUUUGAAAAGAUACUCCGUAUGAAAGCCCGGCCGUUGAAAAACAGAAAUGGCCAUGGCGCAAGGUGUGGUUUACGCGCUCUCUUUGUAUUUGCAGUUGAGUUUUACCAUUCCAAUGACCAAAGUUUGCCUCUCUUUUUCGUUCACCAAGGGUCUCGUUACACACUCUUCCUCUAUCUCUCGGGGAAUAUUAACCCUUACCCUUUCUUGAUUCAUGUUGGUCGCUUCUUUUAAUCUUUUUUCCUGCCAUGGCAAUCGCGGCCGCUCUCAUUCUUCCUCUGGGUGUUCUUUUCAUCUUCUCAGGCCUCGUCGUUAACCUCAUUCAGGCAAUCAUAUAUGUCCUAGUUCGUCCAAUUUCAAAGAAUGUGUAUAGAAGGAUAAACAAAGAAGCUGUAGAACUAUUGUGGUUGCAGCCUGUUUGGCUUUUCGAGUGGUGGGCAAAUAUAAAGGUAGAGCUGUAUGUAGACCAAGAAACAUAUGAAUUAAUGGGUAAAGAACAUGCGCUUUUUAUUUCUAACCACAGAAGUGACAUUGACUGGCUUGUCGGAUGGAUCCUAGCUCAGCGAGCAGGUUGCCUUGGGAAUGCUCUAGCUAUCAUAAAGAAAUCUCUAUCAUAUAUACCAGUUUUAGGAUGGUCAAUGUGGUUUUCGGGUUAUAUUAUCCUUGAAAGACGUUGGGAUAAGGAUGAGAACACAUUAAAGGCAGGUUUCCAAGAGCUAAAUAACUUUCCAAGUGCCUUUUGGUUGGCUCUUUUUCCGGAAGGGACACGCUUUACUCAGGCAAAGCUUCAAGCAGCCCAAGAGUAUGCUGCAUCAGCUCAAUUGCCUGUUCCAAAGAAUGUUUUGAUUCCACGAACUAAGGGUUUUGUUACGGCAGUCCAUCAGCUACGCUCAUUUGUUCCAGCAAUUUACAAUGUAACAGUAGCCAUACCCAAAACAGAGCCAGCACCUACAAUGUUAAGAAUGCUUAGAGGACGUUCUUCGGUGGUGCAUAUUCACAUUGAACGCCAUCUGAUGCAGGAUCUACCAGAAACAGGAAGUGGCAUCUCCCAAUGGUGUAAAGAUAUUUUUGUGGCCAAGGACGCUUUACUGGAGCGACAUCUUGCCACUGGGGCUUUCACCGACAAAGAGUUCCAUGAGAGUAUCAGAACAAAAAAGUCUUUGGUGGUUGUUCUUACACUGUCAUGUCUCAUUUUCUAUGGCGCUGUGAAGUUGCUUGAAUGGUGUCCAUUCUCAUGGAAAGAGGCCGCGUUCUGUGUAGUUUUCUUAGCCAUUGUGAUGAUCAUUAUGCACAUUCUGAUUCUAGCCUCUCAAUCAGAGUGCUCCAAUCCUCCUCAUAAAGAGCCCAAGAGAGACCGGUUACAGCAAAGUCUCCUUCCAAAAUGAGGCAUUAAAAAAACACUUUGUAUAUAUGUAACCUCAGUUUAUCACAUUUAUGGAUCUCUUUAUUCAUAGUCAUGUAUAGGUAGGGGCGUAGGGUUGUUUCACGUUACAAAUUGAUCACAUCCUUUUUUCCCUUUCAUAAUUGUAAAACUCUCAUGUAAUUACUGUAUGAUGUAAUAAUAUAAAUAAUAAAUAAAUAAAUAAAGCCGUUUGUUGUGAC